AUGGCACGCAAAACGAACAAUGGCAACGUCAAAAGUGCUCGCAAGGCUAAGGCCAACUCAGUCGCUUCCCAGUCUAGGCCCAGUCUCAGAAAGAGCCCUCGCGAGGCACGCCCGGGGAAGCCUCGGGGGCUUUCGAACCGCAGAGCCGCGGAGGAAGCGGAGAUCAGAGCUCUUGAGGCGAGGAUUCGAGCAGAGUGCUCGGGCCGCGUCGCUGCGACCACGAGCACCGCGAACGCGGGACAGGGGCCCGCCCUGACUGGUCGUCUCUUCCGUGAGCUGCCAAUCUCGGAGCGCACUUUGCGCGGCUUGGAGGCCUCGAAAUACGUCAAGAUGACAGAGAUUCAAUCCGGUGCAAUCCCACUAGCUCUUUCUGGCCGUGACAUCUUGGGCGAAGCUCGCACUGGCUCGGGCAAGACUUUGGCAUUCCUGGUGCCUGCAGUCGAGUACCUUUACAGGCAAAAUUGGUCCAAGAUGGAUGGUCUGGGUUCUGUGAUUGUGUCUCCAACGCGCGAGCUUGCUUACCAGAUUUUUCAGGUCCUGACGAAUGUCGGUCAGGAGCACGAGAUUUCUGCAGGUUGCAUUGUGGGUGGCCGAUCUCUUGCAGAGGAACAGCAUGCAGUUGCGAAUAUGAGCAUUCUGGUGGCCACACCUGGAAGGCUGUUGCAGCACUUGGACGAGUCGCCGGGCUUCGAUGCAUCUGCCUUGCUGAUUCUAGUCAUAGAUGAAGCCGAUCGCAUUCUGGACUUUGGGUUUCAGGAGACAAUGCACAACAUCCUCCAACACCUGCCUGUCCAGCGUCAGACGCUUCUCUUCUCCGCAACCUUGCACAACAGUGUUCACAGACUUGGCCGCGCUGCACUGCGUUCACCGGAGGUCAUUUCCGUGCAUCACAAUGCCAAAAGCCGCACGCCUGAAACUCUGAAGCAGAUUUACAUGGUGGUGCCGUUGGAGAAAAAGGUUGACACCCUUUUUUCGUUCCUUCGAUCCCAUUCCCAAAAGAAGACCAUCGUCUUUGUGUCUACCUGCAAGCAAGUCAGGUUCCUCUACGAGGCCUUCAGGAAGUUGAAACCGGGUCCGGCCGUGAUGGAGUUGCAUGGCCGGCAGAGUUUGACAAAGCGGAUGCUGAUUUUCCAGCAGUUCAUGGAGCGCGAGCGUGCUGUCGCCUUGUUGUGCACGGACAUAGCAGCCCGGGGUGUGGACUUUCCAGCUGUGGACUGGGUCGUGCAGGCUGAUUGCCCCGACACAGUGGACUCCUACAUCCAUCGAGUUGGGCGAACAGCCAGAUAUGAAAGCACGGGCAAGUCGGCACUUUUUUUGCUACCGUCCGAGAAGCCUUUCGUGGACAAAUUGCUUCAGGCGCGCGUGGGUGUACGAGCCAUCAAUGCGAAGCAGUCGAAAGUUGUGUCUAUACAACAGAAGCUGGCCUCGGUGCUCGCCGAAUCCGGGGACAUUCGCCACCUCGCCCAGCGGGCCUUUGCCUCCUAUGUGCGUUCUGUGCGGCUCAUGAAAGACAAAGACAUCUUCGACUUCCAGGCUCUGCCCAAGGCUGCCUUUGCAGAGUCUUUGGGCUUGGCCGAUGCGCCAGAGAUCGGAGCCGAGGGGGAGGGUGAGGACACCGAGCACAACAAGCUGAAGAAACGGAAGAACCAGUCUGCCUUGCAGCGGCUCAAAGACAAGAUCCGGGAAAAGAAGCAGGCCGGAAAACAAGCGCCAAAACAGGACGAGGACACAGAGGAGGAGCUGGAGCUGGAUCAGCCGCCCAGCUCGAAGAAAAAGGUUGGCAAGUGGGAGCGCCGCCAGCGACGUAUCGCUGCAGCAAGCAAGGCAGGCCUAGAGCCUGCAAAGGAAGCGGCAACGGAGGAAGAUUUCUUGGAGCUCGUUGAAGGGCAAAGGGAAGGCUUAGAGUCUCAAGCUGUGCUCCCGAUCAAGAAGCGCCUGAAGAUUCGCAAAGAUGGAUCAGCUCAGGCGAGCAGACAGCACGUUUUCUUCACCGGAAAGAACGGUGCAAAAGCCAGCUCCGAGUUAGCGCAGUUGGCAGACGAACUCCGUGCAGAGGUGUCAGAGAAAGGCGAGUCUCGGGCCAGCUUUCUUCGGCGAGUGCAGGACGACCUCGCCACGCGAGAUUCUUCCGAUGCAGCUUUGAGCCGUUCGCGCAUCCAGAAGCGCCAUCAGACCAUGCGCCGCAAAGAGCGUGCAGCAAAAGGCGUGCAGGAUAACGAAGAGCUGGACUGCGAGUCUGAAAGUCCGCCCCCCUCACCUGCACCUCAGCAGACAGAGGGGAGCUUGGAAGACAGCGUGCCAAAGAGGAAGGCGGCUUCCUCUGUGUCCAAGAUUGCCAGCUUGGACUUGGAAGAUUUGGAGAAGAAGGCCUUGAGCCGCUUGGGUGGCCUUUUCGCAUAG